AUUUAUUUCUCCACAUCCCUCUCUUUCUCUAACUGGAAAAAAGGCCUUGAAAAUUUCCGAAAUUUCGAAAACUCAGAUCUCUCUUCCUUCGUCCCUCUUCUUAAUUUCUGCCUUUCGCCUGAAACGGUGCAUCGAACUAAUAUCAGCCGUCGGGAAACUACUCCGCCGCAGCCGGAUACCUCCGUAAACCAGUUAUUAGGCGGACAGACCAGCGAUCCUCUGAAAAAUGAGUAACGGCGAACUUCUCCAAAUUGACCCGCUCGAGCUCCAAUUCCCCUUCGAAUUGAAGAAGCAGAUCUCAUGUUCCAUGCAAUUAUCCAACAAGUCCAAUAAUUAUGUUGCAUUCAAGGUUAAGACUACAAGUCCAAAGAAGUAUUGUGUGAGGCCGAACACAGGAGUGGUGAUGCCUCACUCUACUUGUGAUGUUAUAGUUACUAUGCAAGCCCAAAAGGAGGCUCCACCAGACAUGCAAUGCAGGGAUAAAUUUCUCCUUCAGAGCGUGGUGGUGAGCCCUGGAGUUACCGUGAAAGAUAUUACACCUGAAAUGUUCAACAAAGAGUCUGGGAACCAAUUAGAUGAAUGCAAGCUGAAAGUUUCAUAUGUUCCUCCCCCCCAACCACCUUCCCCUGUACGAGAAGGCUCGGAGGAAGGUUCUUCACCUAGGGCCUCAGUAUCAGACAAUGGGAAUGUAAAUCAGACUUCUGAUCAUAGCAGGACGUCGAAAGCAUUUGUUGAGCCAAAGGAGAGCUCAUCGGAGGCCAAGGCUCUGAUUGCAAAGCUGACUGAGGAGAAAUAUUCUGUUUUUAGGCAAAAUCAGAAGCUUCAGAAUGAACUCGAGCUCUUGAGACGUCAAAGCAACAGUGGCGGGAUUCCGUUUAUGUACUUAAUCAUUGUUGGCUUGAUUGGGAUCCUGUUGGGCUACCUUCUGAAGAGAACAUGAUUGAUUUGAAACUCGGCCUCGCGUUCGUAUUUAGAUACCUCAGUUUGUCUGAUUUGUUCAGAUUUUUUAGGACAUUUGACAGGAAUGUCAUUGAUAAGGAAGAGUUUCUUUAUACUUGUUUAGCUGUAUUUGUUCUACCAUGGAACCAUAUGCCUGAAUGGUUUGAUGGGUUAAUUGUAAUUUUUUAUGUGCAUUCACAUUUGCAACUAUCUUUUCGCAUUUGUUUUGUUCCCAUGCUACUAGAUGCCAUUCUUGUAUUUUCAUUUUUUUGCUUUGUUGACUAGCCUAGCCAUAUAAAACUUAUGUUUAGACCGUGCAGAAAUCAUUUUGUGCGAAUUGGACUUGGUUUGUCGAUGUUUUGUUGUAUAAUGAGUGUGCUAAGUGGUUGGUGCUAAUUGUGGUUUAAGAACAUUUACGUUGUCCUUUUUUAUGAUCAGUAUGCAGCAUUCAGUCUAGUAG